AUGCUCAGAUUAUCCUCAAACUCCUCAGACUACUCCUCAAACUCCUCAGACUACUCCUCAAACUCCUCAGAUUAUCCUCAAACUCCUCAGACUACUCCUCAAACUCCUCAAAUUAUCCUCAGACAACUCCUGAAACUACUCCUCAGACAACUCCUCAGAUUAUCCUCAAACUCCUCAGACUACUCCUCAAACUCCUCAGACUACUCCUCAAACUCCUCAGAUUAUCCUCAAACUCCUCAAACUACUCCUCGGUCUAAUCCUCAGACUCCUCCUCAGAUUAUCCUCAGAUUAUCACUUUACAUAUAUAUAUCGAUAACUAAAUAA